AUGCAAAAAUUUGAAGAAUUAAAAAUUGCAAUUACUGGAGGUGCUGGUAAUUUAGCUUCUGCAUUUUAUCCUCUUUUGGGAUCUGGCUAAGUUUUUGGAUCAACUUAAAAAUUCUCAUUGUAACUAUUGGAAUUACCAGAAAAACUACAAGAAUUAGAAGGAAUCAAGAUGUAAAUAUAAGAUUGUGCAUUCCCACUUCUAAAUAAUGUCACAGUGUCAAGUGAUCCUGCAAUUGCAUUUAAAGAUGCAGAUGUAGCAAUAUUUUUAGGAGCCAUGCCUCGAAAACCAGGAAUGGAAAGAAGCGAUCUGUUAUAAAUGAACAGAGAAAUAUUUAUACAACAGGGUUAAAUCUUGAAUGAAUAAGCCAAAUCUACAGUUAAAGUUUUAGUUGUGGCAAAUCCAAGUAACACUAAUUGUGCUACUUUGGCUCAUUAAUGCACCAAAAUUCCAUAACAAAAUUUUACAUCUCUCAUGUAACUAGAUCACAAUAGAUGUGUCUCAACUCUUGCAAGAGAAGCAAAUACAACUAUUGACUAAAUCAAAAAAGUAAUUAUUUGGGGAAAUCACUCUCUAACCUAAUACCCAGAUAUGACUCAUUCAAUUAUUAAUGGUAAACAAGCAUCAGAAACAUUUUCAAAGGAUUUCUUGAGAAAUGCUCUUAUUCAGUAAGUCUAGUAAAGAGGAGGAUAGAUUUUAUAACUCUCUAGAGGAGCAAGUACAAUAUCCGGAGCAAUUGCUGUGAAAGAUCAUUUAAGAACGUGGUUUUUAGGCACUUCUUAAGACAACUGGACUUCCUUUGGAGUAAUUUCUGAUGGAAAUCAUUACGGAAUUCCAAAAGGCAUUUGCUUUUCAUUGCCUGUGACUUGUAAAGAAUUUGAAUUUAAAGUCGUUGGGGAUGUAGAAUUAGAUGACUUCUCUAAAUAAAGGAUCCAAUUAUCGCUAGUCGAAUUGCAAAAAGAAUAGUAAUGAUUAAUAAAAAAUGAUAAUUAUUUAUAAUGGUUCAGAAUUAGAAUUAUGAUAAUGAAGACAUAAUAAUAUUUGUCAAA